UGGCCAGGGGUCAUCAAAGGGCAGCUGUCCACUAUAAAAGGCCUGUCUGGAGCUCCGUCUGCACACAGCAUCAUUUCAGCCUGAGACCAGCUGGAGGAAGGAAGGGAAUCUUUGCCUCUCUCUCUCAUUCUAGUUAGAGCCGAUCCUGAGAGUUUCUUUUAAAAUGAAAGCAAGGGCCUUGACAGUUUUCUCUACGCUCGUACUCUGUUCUUUUGGAGCCGUUCUCUGCGCCCGGAGUCUCGAGAGCAGAUUCAGAAAUCUGACGCAUACUCAUCGCAGCAGAUACCCUCUGUACAUGAUGAAUCUGUACCGCUCCUUCAAGGCCGCCGAUUCCUUCUCGUCAGUAGCUGUCAACGCCUUCACUAAAGAGAGGGACAACCCACCAGCACAUUCUUCUGACUCCGUCUUAAGUCUGAUGGCCAGAGGUUGCCAUCAAGUGGGUGAAAGGUGGACGGUCACGUUUGACAUGUCAUCUGUCUCUACCGGUGAGCUCGUCCAACUGGCAGAGCUUCAGAUCCGGCUACCAGCGUUCUCUGCCUCUAAGCGUGCCACCGUGGAUUUGUAUCACUCCCGCAAGCAGAGCUGUGACCCGGACAGCACAUCAUGCCAGGAGGACGAGCGCCUUUUCUUGGGGAGCUUUGGCACCACACCCAGCAGUACGAGAGCUUCCUGGAAAGUGUUUAAUGUGACUGCUCUUUUGAAAUACUGGCUGUACCAGGGAGGCGAGGUGCUGAGCCAAGAGGCCUCGGGAGAGGCUGAGACUGACCGAGGCAGUGGUGAUGGCGGCGAAGAGAAGACGACUCUCUUCAAAAGCAUGGGAUCAAGGCAAAGGAAAAUACACCAUCCUACCUCAAACAGGGUCAUGAUGGUCAUCUUCUCCAAACAUAAUCUGCCCCAGGAAGGCCACGCAGCAUACAGUCUCAUUCAAACCGUGGAGAACUCCAAGUAUGUGACGAGGGACAGAGUCAGCGGCGACGGUCAGAGUCGGCGCCACAAAAGGAACCGAAUGGAGAGGAUGCGAGUGGCCGGCACGGCUGAAACCACCGUAGCCCCGUCAGCAGAGCCGGUCCAGAGGCCUCUGUGUCGAAAGGUGGACAUGUGGGUGGACUUUGACCACAUCGGCUGGGAUGAGUGGAUUGUGCAUCCCAAGCGCUACAACGCGUAUCGUUGUGAGGGAGAGUGUCCGUCGCCACUGGAUGAGUCCUUCAGUCCCACCAACCACGCGUACAUGCAGAGCCUCUUGCGACAUCACCACCCUCAAAGAGUGUCUUGCCCGUCCUGCGUGCCAACGCGCCUCAGUCCUCUCUCUAUGCUGUACUACGAGAACGAUGACUUGGCCCUGCGGCACCACGAGGACAUGAUCGUUGAAGAGUGUGGCUGUCACUGAAUACCCCCCCUGCCCACACCCAAUCGUCAACACUUUGACUGCGGUUGCUAAUGAUGGAGCAUAAACCUGAACUUAAACUCAACUGUUUUGUUUUUUUUACUGCCUUAAUGUUCAUUUAUUAAACUAGUCACAACCUUUUACAAUCCGCAAGGAUGAGAAUUGUUAAAGUGGAAUGACUCAGAGUAGAUUUCAUCCAUACUGGGUGAUACACUGUAGUUUUCUAUAUUUGGUUAUUAUGCAAAUAUUAUAUGUUUUAUCUAUUUAUGCCUUGUCAUGUAUAUUUUGUACAUAAAAGAUGAAACUAUAUUAAAAAGACUUUUAUUUUGA